UCAGUCAUCUUACAUCGCUUCACGGAAACAAGAGGGCAGCUCUUGUGCUGUGGAGAGCCUGAAACACUCAGACGUGAUUGUGUUCCAGCCCUCCCACCAUCUUACUGUAAUUCUAACCAGGAAGAUCAACACAGGGCUCCACACUACGGUUGUUGCGGCUUGUUGUUUUGACUACAGCCCUCUACCUCUCUGUUUCAUAAGUCACAAUUAUCUCACAUGCCCAUCCAUAUUCAGGCCGGCUGCGAGUAAACACAGGAGGGCAUUGGUUCUCAUCUUUCCCAACAGGGUGCUUGCUUCAUUCACAUGCUUGUGAAGAACAUCACAGUCCAAGUUAUCAACAUGAAGCGGUGCCACAUCUGUACAGGCUGCUAAUGUGUGGCACACACUCGGACACAGUGGGGAUGAUCUUCUGGGCAGAUGGUGCUCAGUGUGUGGACUAGAAGCUGAGACGAGGCAGAGAGGGACAGACUCCCCGUCCGUCAUGGGAUGCUGCAGUGUGACCCAGAGGCAUACUGGAGUGGACGAGGUGGGCCCGGAUGAGAUCGAGCUGCUGGAACUCUCCGGAGACAAUUUAGGGGUGUGGAGUCUGGGAGAAACCAGGCUUCAGCUGUCAGUGAAGAACAGCAAGGAUGAGCAGAAGCCACUACCACCGCCACCACCGCCCCCACCUCGCUACCCUUCAGUACGACACCUGGAACAAGAGGUGGUGCUGUGGGGCAGGAGCAGGGACGAGCUGCACCACCGGAUUUACUCCAAGCAGCCCAUCAGGGAAUGGGAGGGCCAACCCCCACACAAGUAUGGAGAGAUCAUCCACUCCUCCGUGGUGUCUCUCUACAACAGCUACACACAGGGAUCCAGUGAACACUUCCUGGUGUUGUUCUCUUUCCACCUGCUGAUCCUCUCCCUGGACCACUCUCGACAAGAAUUCAUCUAUGAGGGCAUCCUUCCCCUCUCUGGACUUUCCCUACAAGCCGUCUCCGCGGACCCUGACACGUCGCAUUCACCACACAUGUUUGAGAUCAGCAGUCCGGUGAUGGACUCCAAGGUCUUCAUAUGUUCCAGUGCUGCAGACUUACAGAAGUGGAUAAAUCAGAUAGAAGAGAGGAGAUACAAGUCUAUGACACAACCCAUGAGUCCCUCCCACUGCGCUCUCUCCUAUCUAUUACCCUGUGAUGAGCACUGGAAAAGAGAAGAACUGAAGAGGUACUUACUACAGGCCCCGAUAUGGCAGUGGGAGGGCUCGCCGAUACAGCACAUGGGUCAGCCGGGCUGCAUAUCGAUGGUCCAUAUCAUCAACACACAGAGACAGGGACUCCAGGAGAGACUGAUGGUUCUCUUCCCUCAAGACGUCCUGCUGCUGUCAGUCGACAACAAGCGCCUGAAUAUAAGAUAUGAGGGCAGGCUGCCCCGACACAGCAUCAAAGCAGUGGAGCGGUCGGCCCUGCCUGGACGGCUGGAGUUUGAGCUGAUAGGUGAGCUGAUGGAGCCGCUGCUGAUCUCUUGUGUCUGUCAGGAGGAUUAUUGGAACUGGAUCUUUCAGCUACAGCAGCCAGACAGAAGCAGCCACGUUACUGUGAGUCACCCUGCACCUCCGAUCAUGCCAAAGCUGCAGAGGAGCAGGAAGGAGUCCCAGGAGCCGAUGAUUACAAGCGACAAGAGUCGCAUCAACGGACGCAGCUGACUCAACAGAAAAAAAGCCUGAAAGUUCACUGUAAUUGUAAAUCCAACGUGUAGAUAGUGUGUACAUAUUACUUUAAUGUCUAACAGUGCCACAGAAUGGAGUGAAGAUGUCCUGAAGUGCUGUGACCCUCAUUUUGAUAUAUUUGGGUGAUUUUAAUUCUGACUCUGAGGGACUGAGAGGAUACUUAUAGUUCACUUUCAUGUGGGGACAAACAGAAACAAGGUCACGACCCAGUUCAAAUUCAGACCACAGCUGAAGAGAUGUUAGACGUAGAAACUGUAGAGAGGAGAGAACUGAAGAAUCUGUACAUAUGUAGCUUUGAUGUCUUGACCACAAAAUACACAGUGUUUGACUUUUUUCACAA